AUGUCGGGCGAACACUCUUUCAUGGCCAGUUCAGUGGCCACAGCAGCAGCGCCUCCACCGCUCGCUGCGCAACCCAGCAUUGGGACUCCGCCGUCGGCGUCGUCGCAGUCAGUUCCCCCUGGACACCCAUCCUUCAGGCGACAACGCGCUAGCAGAGCGUGCGAAACCUGCCACGCAAGGAAAGUACGAUGCGACGCCGCCUCACUGGGAAUCCCGUGCACCAACUGCACCACCUUCGGCAUCGAGUGCCGCAUUCCCCAGCCCAAGCGCAAGAAGACGCAGACAGCCAGGGCCAAAGACGCCGAUAGUGACCGAGGAGAUAGCGACGACCGCUCACCAGCCAGCACUUCAGUCGAGCCGCGCGAGAAGUCGGCCGUAUACAACUCCCAAGAUGGAACACCCUCGACUACCGUCUCGCCCGAAUACGCUGCCCAGCAAGCUACUCACAAUGGCACCUAUGUGCAAUUCAUGAAGCCCAAAUUUGCGCGUGCCCCCAUUAAAGAAGCCGGCCGCGUCGCAUACCUUGGAGAAUCAUCCAACCUUUCACUGCUCGUACACGACCGCUAUGGCACCACCGAUGUUGUCCACUAUCCGCUUCCAGAAAACGUGCGGGGUGCGAAGGCGCGGGUCAACGAGAUGGACAACAUGGAGAUAGAGAUACUGCACCAGCGAGGUGCCUUCCUGCUCCCGCCACGGGCGCUGUGCGACGAACUCGUCGAGGCCUUCUUCAGAUGGGUGGCCCCAGUCGUGCCAGUCAUCAAUCGCAGCCGCUUCAUGCGCCAGUACCGAGACCCGAAGAACCCGCCCUCGCUCCUCUUGUUACAGGCUAUUCUCCUGGCAGGCUCACGAGUGUGUACCAAUGCGCAGUUGAUGGACUCCAGUGGCUCAACAACCCCCGCAGCCAUGACCUUCUACAAGCGCGCAAAGGCCUUAUACGAUGCUAACUUCGAGGAUGAUCGCGUAACCAUCGUGCAAGCACUCAUCCUGAUGGGCUGGUACUGGGAGGGGCCCGAGGAUGUAACCAAGAACGUCUUCUACUGGACCCGAGUGGCUAUUGUUGUAGCUCAAGGCUCGGGCAUGCACCGUAGCGUCGAGGGUUCACAGCUGACACGCUCAGACAAGCGUUUGUGGAAGCGUAUCUGGUGGACACUGUACAGUCGAGACCGUUCAGUGGCAGUAGCACUAGGCAGACCGGUUGCCAUUGACCCUGAAGACUCUGACGUUGAAAUGGUAUCUGAAGACGACUUCAUCGACGACGAGACAGACCAUGCUGCAGAGUACCCACCAGAUCCCAUCCAUGUCCAGUUCUUCAUCAACUACGUCAAACUUAGCGAGAUCAUGGGCCUGGUUCUAUCGCAACAAUACUCAGUGGCGUCCAAACACCGCAGAGCGAAUGCUAUAGAUCUUACCCACAGUGACAUGGCGCUUGCGGACUGGCUGCAACAUUGCCCACCAGAAGUGCAGUGGGAGCGUAACCGCCACCACUUCUGGGCUGCCCUACUACACUCGAAUUACUACACCACCCUAUGUCUUCUACAUCGUGCACAUAUGCCACCGGCAGGCUCGCCAAAGGCCAGUCAUUUGGACGGAUUUGGUGAGGCUAAUGCAUACCCGUCACGGAAUAUCGCAUACCAAGCGGCUGCUAUGAUUACAUCCAUCAUUGAAAACCUCCGUGCUCAUGAUGAGAUACGGUACACUCCCGCAUUCAUCGUGUACAGCUUGUUCUCCGCCCUCAUCAUGCACGUCUACCAGAUGAAGUCGUCGAACAAGUCCGUCGUCUCGGCGACGGAGCAACGCCUUCAGAUUUGCUUAGACGCUCUUAAAGAGGUCUCCAAGGUCUGGCUCGUUGCAAAGAUGGUGCACACACUUUUUGAAUCGAUUCUUGGCAACAAGCAUCUUGAAGAGCGCCUACAAAAGGCUGCCGGUCGCAAUCACAAGAAGAACAAAGUUCCUUCGGUUCCACCACCACCACCUCCAAAACCUGCCCAAGAGUCGUCAAAACGAAAGUUCGAUGAUAUGGACCUAGGCUUCCCUGUUCCUAGUGGACCCCCGGCUGCUCAAGUUUCCUAUGAGCGAUCAAGACCGCAGACUCCGGCCGUCACGCCGUCGCGCGAGUUACAACCCCAACAACAGAUGCCCCAGAUGACUACUGGAUCUCCGCAGAUGAACCGGCAGAAUCACGAUGCUUUCAUGGGCCCUUCACGGUCGGGAACACGCCCGACGACGCCAUUCAACCCAUCAUACUCGUACCCUGGAACGCCACCCGAUCUCUUCCUGGUUACCCGCGAUACUCCUAAUAUCAGUCAAGAAGUAUGGCAAAACUUCCAACCCGACCAGCUAUUCCCAGCCGACACACAAGUCAACUUCCCACAAAUGUCGCCCAUGCAAAAUCAUAGUCUCGUCGACCCGGCGUUGAGCCAGCCGCAGAACAUGCCCAUGCCCUCACAACAGACUGCUGGGGGUCAACCACAGAUGCAAAAUCCACCAUCAAACACGGGCAUUCCUGGCGGUUACGAACAUAAUAACACUCAGUCCUGGCAGCAACAGAUGGAGAUGAUGUCACAAAACCAGCAACAACAUAGCGCACAGGAUGAUGCUUGGAGUCAGAGUUCCGGAGGUCGACCUAAUCCUAUUGUGCCGAUGAGUCUAAAUGUUGACGAUUGGUUCAACUUCUUCGGUAUCAACGGCGAGGCCGAUAUGUCGCACCUGUUCCAGCAAGGCCCAGCUUAG